UACAUAACAGAGAGUGAACUACCUCAUUAUGUGGAUAACAAGUUUUGGAUGCCAGCAAAAUGGUCUAUGGGACUUAUAAUGUCCGCUAGGAAGCAAGGAAGGGUCAAAAGUGAGCAAGCAGUGCAACUUCUUUUUUCGAAAAGCCAAGCUUGUUUAACAACUAGAGGCUUCGCGAAUUUAUUCGAGCAAUUUGCGAGGAAACUGGCAACUAAACUUCAAAUAAUUAAGAUUGAUCCUUAUGUUCCCUUAAUAUCGAUGAUACAGUUCACUUUUCUGAUUGGAUGGAGUAAAGUUGCGGAGGGUUUACUGAACCCAUUUGGAGACGACGACGAUGACUUUGAAAUGAACUAUAUAAUUGAUAGAAAUCUCCAGGUAAGCUCAAGGUCAUUUAGAAACAACUUUGUUGCGAUACACUAG